GUCUUGUUUUCUCGCCUAACUUUCGUCUCCUUCAAAUUUCAAAACCCUAAACAAUCUCGUAUACGGAGAUCUCCAUCUCGGGGGAAAGACAUAUCUUAUCGCAGGGAAGAGAAAGAGAACAUGAGUAGCCGUUCUAGCAGGACUCUUUAUGUUGGAAAUCUUCCUGGUGAUGUUCGCGAGAGGGAAGUGGAGGAUUUAUUUUACAAGUAUGGCCCAAUAGCCCAUAUUGACUUGAAGAUUCCACCAAGACCUCCUGGUUAUGCUUUUGUUGAGUUUGAAGAGGCUCGAGAUGCUGAAGAUGCAAUUCGUGGUCGUGAUGGCUAUGAUUUUGGAGGACAGCGUUUGCGGGUUGAACUUGCACAUGGCGGUCGUGACCGUUCGUCCUCAGAUCGUCACAGCAGUUAUGGUGGGGGGCGUGGACGUGGACCAUCCAAACGUUCUGAAUUUCGUGUGUUAGUCACUGGGUUGCCAUCUUCUGCUUCAUGGCAGGAUCUUAAGGAUCACAUGCGUCGAGCUGGGGAUGUUUGUUUCUCCCAAGUUUUUCGCGAUGGUGGUGGGACAUCGGGGAUUGUGGAUUACACCAACUACGAUGACAUGAAGUAUGCUAUCAAGAAACUGGAUGACUCUGAAUUUCGGAAUGCCUUUUCUCGGGCUUAUGUUCGGGUUAAGGAAUAUGAUUCUAAGAGAGAUUCCUCUAGAAGCCUUAGCCGUGGUCGUUCUGUCUCAAGAAGCCGCAGUCGCAGCCGCUCUCGUGGUCGGAGCAAGAGCCGCAGGUUUUUCCUUAUGCUUUGGGAUGUGAAAUUUUAUUUAUGGCUUAAAAGUUACUUGUUAACCUUGAAAUUGUUAUGCAGCAAAUCUCCUACAACCAAACCUUCACGCAAGUCUCCUGAAAAGUCAAGAUCGAGGUCUCCUCGAUCUCGCUCUGCAUCAAGGUCUCGCUCUUUGUCAGGAUCUCAAUCAAGAUCCAGAUCUCCUUUGCCUUCUCGUGCAAAAGGAAGGAGCAGGAGUCCUAAGAGACGUAGUGUUAGCAGGAGUCCUGAAAGAUGUAGUGCUAGCAGGAGUCCUAAAAAACGUAGCGCUAGCAGGGGUCCAAGUGGGAGUAGAAGCAGGAGUAGGAGCAAGAGUUUAUCCAGGUCUGAGUAGGUUACCUUGCAGAGUUGGCUGAUGGAGAUCCUAUGAAAUUUUAGUUAAAGCAGUGGGGGAAAAAAACUCUUAUUGAAAGUGUACCAAUUAUGCCGGAUUACAUACAUGGCUAAAGUUUGCUUUUGUUUGAACCAUUUUACUAUUGUUCAACUCCA